ACUUCACUCAGCGUCCCGUCUUGAAAACCUCAGCGCCAAGAGGAAAGAAACUUUCGAUAACUUUUUGUUUCAGCUGUAUCGUUACUCUUGUCAGUUGGAGCCAAGUUCGAUGUGGAUGCAUUUAAACGAUAGAACAUUAUCCGAUUUAAAUUACUGAUUUUUAAUUGGUUUAUAUUAACCCGGUUUUACACGUUGUAAGGCAUGUUGUUUCGCUGGCUUUUUGUUGUUUAUCCCGGAAAAUUUUGAAUCACACAACAGAGUUUCAAAAGUUCGCUUGCUUUUCGAUCGCGUUUCCCUCGCAGUGAUUCUGAAAGUACUUUGGACAAAGCUACCAAGUUUCAAAGAGGCCCAAGUUAGUUUGUACGAAACUUAGUGAGUCAACCAACUCGCCUGUUAACAGCGCUGCCGUGAACAGCAAGAAAAAAAAAUCAACGAACAAGACAACAGGCAGCGCAUCUCCAUGAGGAAAUCCAACGUGGGAUUCGAAAUUUAUUCCUAACUAAACAUUAAGACUGUUUUUACUUUUUGUGUUGCUACUUCAUAUAGCAGCUUUCCAUUACGAUGAAGCCAGUUUUUGCGUUUUCAGCUGUUUGCACGUUGAUCGUGAUUUUUGUCGCGGUUAAGGCUGAACAGAAAUCGAAGAAUUGCAAUGAAGUUAAAGCUGCCUACAGUUCGAAGGGUUUCAACGUGAACGAUGUUCCUAACAAAGGGGUACAUGGGUCCCAUCUGAAGGUGUGUCCUCAGGGUUUCUCUUGCUGUACUCUGGAGAUGGAGGAAAAGUUGAGUCAGCAAAGCCGCUCAGACCUGAAAGCCCCAGUGUCUCAGCUGAGCUCCAACCUGCAGAACACCUUCACCCAGAGACACCGACACUUUGACCAGUUUUUCCGAGAGUUGCUGGACAACGCCGAACAUUCGCUCCACGACAUGUUCGUGCGCACGUACGGGGUGAUGUACGUGAAGAACGCUGAGCUCUUCAAGCAUUUCUUCAAAGAGCUACGUCGCUACUACGCCUCCGGGAGCGCCGCCGUCCACCUGGAGUCCAUGCUGGCCGACUUCUGGGCGGAGCUUCUGGAGCGCAUGUUCCGACUGGUCAACGUGCAGUACGAGUUCAGCGACGAGUACAUGGAGUGCGUCAGCCGCCACACCGAGCAGCUGAAGCCCUUCGGCGAUGUGCCGCGUAAGCUCCGCCUACAGCUCACCCGCGCUUUCGUGGCGGCACGCACCUUCAUCCGCGGCUUGGCGCUCCUUCCCGACGUGGUCGGCAAAGUCUCCACGGUGAGCGCGUCUCCGAGCUGUGUGCGUGCAGCGAUGAAGAUGUUGUAUUGUCCCUACUGUUCGGGUCAGGUGGCGCUCAAACCCUGUCAGAACUACUGUCUCAACGUCAUGCGUGGCUGCUUGGCCAACCAAGCUGACCUGGACUCUGAAUGGAACAACUUCUUGGAUGCCAUGUUGAGUUUGGCUGAGAGACUGGAAGGGCCAUUUAACUUUGAGUCUGUGAUUGAUCCCAUUGACGUGAAGAUCUCAGAAGCCAUCAUGAACAUGCAGGAGAACAGUAUGCAGGUGUCUCAGAAGGUGUUCCAAGGUUGUGGGCAGCCCAAACCCAGCAUGGCCUUCCGCUCCACGCGAUCCAUUAAAGACAGCGGUUUCACCGGCCGCUUCCGUCCUUACAGCCCUGAUACCAGGCCCACCACUGCUGCAGGCACAAAUCUGGACCGCCUGGUAACGGACGUCAAAAAGAAGCUGAAGCACGCAAAGAAGUUCUGGUCAACUCUGCCCGACACUGUGUGUGCAGGGGAAAGGGUCGCCCCCGGCGACGAGUGUUGGAACGGUACGGCGAAGAGCAGAUACGAGUCAGUCGUCAUGGGUAGCGGCUUGGCCAAUCAGGUGUCCAAUCCUGACGUGGAGGUUGAUGUCACUAAACCGGACAUAGUGAUUCGACAUCAGAUCACGGUGCUGAAAACGAUGACCAGCUGGCUCAAAGCAGCACACAGCGGGAACGACAUCUCCUUUAUUAAUGAGGAGGACGGCAGCGGAGAAGAGAGCGGCAGCGGCUGCGACUCGCCCUCCUGCGAGACGGACUUGUACUUCUCCACCCCGGUGCCGGUGAAGCCUCGCGUGGACGAGGUGGUACGAAGCAGGCCGGACAACAAACCCACCGGCAGCGCCCAGGUGGCACCUUUCAGUCUCCUCCUGCUCCUGGCAGGACUCCUCCUGGCCCUGCUCACUCCCAACGCGAGAUAAAGGGCGUGGACGAGAGGGGAAAUGGAAGAGUUUGAGAAAGGAGGGGGUGGGGGUGAUGGAUACCGUCAGAGGACAUUACAGUGAGACUGCCUUCAGGACCCUAGUCUGUCAGCCAUCUGCAGAGGACUCCUGGGUUAUUAAUAUUGUUAUAACUUCACUUUUUAAUUUCUUUCCUUCCU